UCCUCAAAUGCCCUAGACAAUAUCUGUUAUGAAUCCCUGACUGACCCAAGCAAGUUGGACAGCAGUAAGGAUCUUAAAAUCAAGAUUGUCCCCAACAAGAUUUGACUCACUCUCAUGAAUACUGGUAUCGGCAUGAUCAAGGCUGAUUUGGUUAACAACUUGGGUACUAUUGCCAAGUCUGGAACUAAAGCUUUCAUGGAAGCCCUCUCUGCCGGAGUUGACAUCUCCAUGAUUGGUCAGUUUGGUGUGGGUUCCUACUCUGAUUACCUGGUUGCCGACAAGGUGACAGUUCAUUCCAAGCACAAUAAUGAUGAUGAGCAGUAUGUUUGGGAAUCUUCAGCUCGUGGUUCUUUCACCAUCAAGCCUGAUCACAGAGAACCCAUGGAUAGAGGAACCAAGAUUGUCCUCCACUUGAAGGUAUGUUCUUUGUCUUCAUUGGCAUAAUUUCCAAUAUGCUCAUGCCUGUUUUUUUCUUUA